AUGAAGCUCACUUCGGCUCUUCUGGCGGUGUUACCGUGUGCCUUCUUCGCCUCGGCUAGUCAAGAGUCCUACGUCGGCUGCUUCAGCACUCCUGGCUCCUUCGAAAAUCUCGGCACAUACGUUUUCCAAUCGAUCGGCCACUGCCUCAACCAAUGCACCAAGGCUGGGUAUAAUAUCGGGGACUAUGCGGCUGUCAAGGAGACCGAUUGCUAUUGUGGAGACGUCGAUCCCGCAAAGGACGAUCUGGUCGAUGAUGAUCAGUGUACCACGCAGUGUCCGGGGUAUGCGCCGGAUGUCUGUGGUGGAAGCGAGGCGUGGUCUGUGUACGUCGUUGGCGAGGCGAGACCGGAUUUUUGGUCGUCCGAAACUACACCUAGCGGGAGGUCUGAUCUUUGGUCCCAUGGGACUACAUCCAGCACGACGAGCGUCUCAGAGGGUCAGCCAACUGCUGCAUCAUCUGCCACAUCGACUCCGACUGGGACCUCUACGUCUGAAGCUGCCUCCGCUUCCUCCUCGUCUCCAGCCAGCGUCUCAAGCACGUCGGCCUCGGCUUCGACCAGUAUUGAACCGACCCCGACUGGAAAUAGUGCCAGUCGCCGCUACAGCUUCUUUUUCUAA